UAUUCCUUUUUAGAGUAAAAAAGAACGAUUUCCCAGCUUAACAUAACUCAAUAUGCACGAUCGAGGUUGUAAUAUCACAAAAUGGAGACUGUCGUGUUGGCCAAAAUUGUCGCUUUGGCGACACUUUUUGAACUUGUUUCGUGUUCCGGGAAUCAUUUCAAGGAUGGUGACAGGGUUCCUUUGUAUGUCAACAAGGUGGGACCGUACUUCAACCCUCAUGAAACAUAUCACUACUACCAGCUGCCAGUAUGCAGACCAGAAAAGGUUGAAACCAAAAGUCUUACACUUGGAGAGAUUUUAGAUGGAGAUCGUAUGGCAGAAUCUAUGUACCAGAUGAAAUUCAAAGAGAACACAAAUAGUGAGGUGCUAUGUGAUAUGAAGCUCUCGGAAGCAGAUCUGAAGCAGCUUAGAGAGGCCAUUGAAGAAUUGUAUUAUUUUGAGUUUGUUGUAGAUGAAAUACCCAUCCGAGGCUUUGUGGGUCACUUCCAAGAGAGCGGUUUCAUACCCCAUACUCACAAGAUAUACCUGUGGGUUCACCAUCAUUUUCACAUAGAAUACAAUGCAGAUCAGAUCAUAUUUGUGAAUGUUACAACGAGAGACAAGCAGCCCCAGAGCCUUGACGAUGUCUCCCCACCUCUCCAGAUAAAAUUCACCUAUGCUGUCACAUGGCAUGAAUCCAAGAUGAAGUACAGUGACAGAGGUCUCAAGCAGGUCAAGAACAACAGCUUCUUCCCAAGAACUCUGGAGGUUCAUUGGUUAUCUAUCAUUAAUUCCAUGGUGCUAGUAUUCCUUCUACUUGGUUUUGUGGUCAUUAUUUUGAUGCGUGUACUGAAGAACGACUUUGCCAGAUACAAUCUUGAUGAUGAUGAAGCCGAUGAGUUAGACCAGGAAGAAAAUGGCUGGAAGAUUGUGCACACAGAUGUUUUUAGAUUCCCUCCAUACAAGAGCCUGCUGUGCUCAAUAUUAGGUGUUGGAAUGCAGUUCCUUACCCUUGCUACUUGUCUUAUAUUAAUGGCUCUGUGUGGCAUGUUCAACGUCCAUCGCCAUGGGUCAAUGAACACAGCCUUCAUUCUGUUGUAUGCCCUUACCUCAUGUGUAUCAGGCUAUACAUCGAGUAAUAUGUACAAACAAAUAGGAGGAGAGAACUGGGUUUGGAAUCUAAUUCUAACAGCUAGUAUGUUCUCAGUUCCAUCAUUCAUUAUCUGGAGUAUAGUGAACUCUGUAGCUUUGUACUGGGAUUCAACGAUGGCCCUACCAUUCACCACAGUCCUCUUACUACUUAUGAUAUGGAUAUGUGUUGGAUUCCCUUUGACCGUUAUGGGAGGCAUUAUGGGUAAGAACAUGGCCGAUGGGUUCGAUGCUCCUUGCAGAACGAAAAACAUCGCAAGGGAAAUUCCCUCCGUGCCCUGGUAUCGCUCCUGGCUCAUGCAUUGCAUUGUGGGUGGAUUCCUGCCUUUCAGUGCCAUAUCCGUUGAGCUUUACUACAUCUUUGCAACUCUGUGGGGUCGGGAGCAGUACACCCUGUAUGGUAUUCUGUUUGUAGUGUAUGCUAUCCUCCUGAGCGUGACGGCGUGCAUCUCCGUCGCCCUCACCUACUUCCAGCUGUCCAACGAAGACUACAGAUGGUGGUGGAGGUCCAUCUUCAGCGCAGGGUCUACUGGUGGUUUUGUAUUCUUCUAUGCUAUCUUCUACUACAACAAGCGCUCCAGCAUGUCCGGAGGGCUGCAGACCAUCGAGUUCUUCGGCUACACACUUCUCUUCUGUUACAUCUUCUUCCUGAUGCUCGGCACCGUGUCGUUCUUCGCCUCGCUGCGCUUCAUCCGUUACAUCUACAUCAACCUCAAGAUGGACUGAGAUGGUGCUGUUUGUCGGUAUCAAGAGGAGGCGAUGAGAGAGGUGCGACGCUCCAACAGAGCCGUCAGAUUCAUGGAGCACUGAAGGCAUUUUUUCCCCACAGGGCUUCACGUUAGGAGAGAACCGUCUUAAUCUCUGUGAAUUGACCUUGGAGCUAGCAUGUGUGUCCUAACCCUCUCUCCCUCUCCCUCUCAUUCGUAAUAUGUUCAAGUGUAAUCAAAUCUGUUUCAAAGAGGCUUUGAGCCUGUUCUUAUAACCGGGGUUCCGUAACACAAAGGUUAGCGAUUAAUCGUAUGCUUGAUUAUCAUGAUUGAUUAUGCGUGGUAGUCAGCAUAAUCAAUUGUAAAAAAAAAGUUUUACAACGAUUACUAAGCUUUGUGUUAUAGGCCCCAGGGGGCCGUUUCAUAAAGCUGUUCGUAAGUUAAGAGCGACUUUAAGAACGACUGGUAAUCCUUUAUUGUGGUAAAUGGUAUAUUCAUUGGCGAUGGUUACGCGCGUAAGAAAGGUUCACCAGUCGUUCUUAAAGUCGUUCUUAACUUACGAACAGCUUUAUGAAACACCCGCUGAAGUGGGUGAAGCACAUUUGCUUGGUCCGUGGAUUUGGGGACAGUAUAGGGUUUUGUAACAGGUUUGAUUGUUUUGUUGUAGAGUUGUAAUGGGCGUCAUUAUUUAUUGGACAUUGUGACUAUAACUGAUUUAGAGUUAUAUUCAUUAGAAAGAUAGAGUCAGUCUCUUUCCCUUUCUCUCUCUCUCUUUCUUGCUCCCUCCCCUUUUCAUAAAGUGAGUGAUGAUAAAAGUGCUGCAUAAAUCCAAUGGCCCGUAUUCUGAAGUCAGGUUUAACUUAGACCAUGGUCUAACUCUGUGCUAAAAUUAUGGGAAGCCAAAAGUGUGAAGUAUUUCGUUGCAUGUUUCUUAUAUUUAUUGUGCUCUUUCCUGAUUCAUUGAUGGUAAAGACGAUCAUCUAUUUAUACUUCCUAGACAAUUAUGAAUGAUGUGAGAGCCAAAUUAGUUGAAAUAUAUCUCCACUGUAAGUGAUUUAUGUAAUAAUUGGCUAUCCAUACUUAAACCACAACUUUAAACCCGAGUUUAGAUUAAACCCGACUUCAGAAUACAGUCCAAUGAGGCUGCCGCUGCCUUCAAGUUCUCUCAGUUAACAAAGUAAAGAAAGAAACAUUGUAUUCUGUAAUAAAUGAAGAUAAUAAUAACAAUAUUCCACUUUUGAUAUAGCAUUUAAAACAAGUACAUCACAAGUUCACAACAACUGUUACAUCUCUUAGUGGUUUACAUCUUUGUACGCUGGUUGUUAGGUCCUCGCUUGUAUAGAAUGUAUGCACUUUCUCUACUCCCUGGGGAGUAUUCCAACCAUUGCUAGGCAUACUACAUAUGCUUUCACAUCCUACCGGGUACCCAUUUAACACCUGGGUGGAGAGUGGCAAAAUGUGGUAUGAUGCCUUGCCAAAGGGUGCUAGGCUAGGUGGGAAAGGUGAGAAUUGUAAUUGUUACAGCAAGAUGUUUACACGUCGAGGGCACCUUGUCGUUCUUCAUGCUAUACCACGACGUCUCCCGAUGUUAGUAUUCCGUUAUUCACGUAUUAAAACCUAACGCCAAGGUGUUAAAUGGGUUCCCAACAGGGUGGGCGGGCAAGCCAGAUUUUGAUGACAGAUAAGAAUCCAAAGCACCAAGAAACUUUGCUGCUGUGGUUGCACUACGUGAAAGUGAACUUAAUGUUAAAUGCUUCAUGAGCAGUCUGAUUAUAAUUUUUGUUCAGUUUAGUAAAAAUGUGUAUAUUGAUGUACAAAAAAAUGAUUUUAUUUUUUAUUUGUUUGAACACCUUCCAUAUAAGCAUUAUAUAUUUUGUCUUCUAAUUUGAAAGUGAAAUGAUGUAUAAUCAGGGCCCCGUCUUACAAAGAGUUGCGAUUGAUCUGAUCAAUCACAACUAUGGACGGCCAGCAAAGUCAACAUCUAAAAUGCAUGAAUGUUCAAAAUGUUUUCUAGAUAUGACGUAAAUUACAUACAUUCAUUGUUUUAUUGACAAUUUGGUGUGUUCGCCUUUGUUUACAAAGGACAUCUUAAAAUUUCAUCUAGAAAAAAUUAUGAAACUAAUGGAUUUCCAUAGAGUUACGAUUGAUUGGAUCAUUCGUAACCCUUUGUAAGACGGGCCGCUGAUGAUAUGAGCUGUGAUUGCAAAUUUUCUUGUGUCUCCUUGAAAGAUCAGUGUGCCUCCCUGGGAUCAUUCCACAGAGCAGUUUGUCUGUGAUUUUGAAUAAAGACUUGUUUUAAGCUACUGAAAUCUUGACAUCUGAUUGGCUGAUGUCAUAUUCAUCAGUGAAAAUUAAUGACAAGCUGCAUUGUGAAAAUGCACCCCUUGGACAUUGCUGAAUUCAUGGAAGAAAAAGUUGGCUGAAAAGUGAAAAUGACUAAUUCAUGGAUCUGUGGGCUUCGACCUGAUUUCAGUGGAUGAUGUUCCUUUCUGUGUUUUCGGGUUUAGUGUUUUUCUGGUGUUGGUGUUUGAAGCGUUAAUUCAGUUAACCUUCCCCAGCUCCAUUAUGCCUUAUGUAUUGACAUCACUGCGCCGCCAUCUUAGAGGCUGAAGCCAUUUACUUGCAUGCGUUGGUGAUCUGUAGCUGGAGCAUCUCUGACAACUCUGAUCAUGCGUAUUCCUAUAUCCUCUGAGGGAGGGCGCUGUGAGAUUAUAACAUCACAUGCCUAAGGUCUAUAUCUAGUUUGAGUUGUCAUAUAUGAUCCAUAAUCACAUUAUUGGUAGCUCAACACCUAGCAAGGUUCAUCCCAGGACCAGCCUCAUUUAAAGUUUAGUGCUUUGCUAAUGUAAAAGAUUGCUCCACACUAGCGCCAAAAAGUCAACACCAAAUAGGAAAUCAUCCAAUGUGUAAUACAUUAAUUAUUUUGUAGAAUUUUAAACCUUCACUUCGAUCUAUCUAUCUAUCUAUAUAAACUGUUACCUUUCAUGAGGUACAUGUACGUAAUCAUUUUUAGCAAUGCAUGCCUUGUAUAUAACUAAACUCAACCCAGGUGAGGUGAAUGGGUACCUGGCAGGAAUUUAUUCCUUGAAAUGCCCCAGGCUGUAAAAGGCUGCGAGGCUAAAGCCAGGGUAAUAAUAUCCAAGUCCUUUGGAAGCGCAUAGAGACGUUAUUUAUAAUGUGUUAUGCGCUAUACAAGAACUGUCUAUUAUUAUUAUUAUUAUUAUAUAUGGGUAUUGGAUAACAACCCAUUUUAAAAUCAUGAUAAGGUGAUGUAUCGCACGCACUAUUAGUAGAGUUAGAGGUGUUGUGGCUCAGUGGAUUACUCUCCGGAUUCGAACCACAAGGUUUGUGGUUGGAAUCCCACCGCAGCACUCGCGUCCUUUGACAAGACGUUUAUCUUUAUUUGCCACCCUCCACCCAGGUGUAGGAAAUGGAAGCAUUUGAUCAGAGUAGGCAUGCUAAAGCCAUGGUAAAUAGUAUCCAGCACUUGUAGAAACAUUGUAAUAAGCGCUAUAUAUUUGUUGCAUAUUAUUAUUAUCAGUUGCAUAUCAUCUUUGAAAGGACCAUGUCUAAUGGCUCUAUUGAAAUUGAUUUACAACGAUGUAUGUUGUCAGUUGAAUGAAUGCAAUGCUGUUUAUAAGGUUCGCAUCCCUACUAGAGGGCCUUGUUUCACACAGCAUGACAUCAGUGGCAAGUUGCAAUCUGUUAUAAGCUACCGACCAAAAACACAUGUUUCUUGCAUGUCUAGCUUCUGGUUCUAAAUGUGUUUAGUGAAAAGGGACCCUCUUCUUGAUUGAAUGUAUUAUAAUAAUGCUAUGAUGUCAGUAAUUGGUUUAAGAGUAAAAAAAAUAUAUUAAAAAAAUGAGCUGAUACGUUGAACCUCUACUGUUAGAGAUUUAUGUAACAACUGGCUUUCCAUAGUUAAACCACAACUGAAAGCCAGAGUUUAGAUUAAACCUGACUUCAGAAUACGGGCCUAAGACUUUAGAAAUUGGCAAAAGUAAAGACAUCUCUCCCAUUUGCCAUUUAUUCUAAUAAUUUGAUUGAUUAAAAAAAUGUAUCUAACAUAAACAUACAAGAUGAAUGUACAAUACAUCUUUUGAUCUUGUGAGGGCACACCAGGCAUAUUUUUUUUUACUUUUGGGGGCUACUUUUCACAACAUACUGCCUUAAUUCUGCUACAUUUGAUAAGCUUUAAAGGGAUGGUCCGGGCUGAAAAUAUUUAUAGCUAAAUUAAUAGAAUAAAAUUCACAGAGCAAAAUGCUGAAAAUUUCAUCAAAAUCGGAUAACAAAUAGCGAAGUUAUUGAAUUUUAAAGUUUAUCAAUAUUUUGUGAAAACAGUUAUAUGCACAUCAUCAUGAAUAUUCAUUAGGUGGGCUGAUGAUGUCACAUCCCCACUUUCCUUUUUCGUACGUUAUUACAUGAAAUCAUAAAUGUUUCAUUUUUUCAUACAUGUAUAAAUGGUGCGUCUCCAUUAUGAUGAAAUUAAAGUUGCGGCAAUAAAUAACUUAUGCAUUUAA